AUGACCGGAAUCAGCGCGGGUGCAUACAUGUGGGAGCCCGUGCCGACCACUUUGCAGCGAAUUGUGGGAAAAGAAGUUCAGAUGGCGCAGCUGAGCUACUGGACGCCCCAGGCUCUUUCCAGUGAUCCUGUGGCGAUAGCGCUGCAGUGUGCCGAUGCAACGGCCUUGACACGGGUCUGCAUCUUUCAGGGAGGCCACACAUAUCCCUUCUUGAAGCCGAACGGCUUCGAAGAUGACCCUAGCAAGGCAAGGGCCUUUCAUGAGCUGCUCUGGGCGGACUGGUUCCGGAACGGGACGCUACGUGCUCCGCGUCCGGUGCUGCCUGGCCAACAGACGGAAACUGGGACAGCUGUCGCCAACAGCAUCCUGCCUGCGGUCACGAGCUGA